CAUCAGUCUCUUUGGAGGAUCAGAGGGUCCUAAUCUCCUUCUGAGGCUUCAUCAGAGCUUUAGAGAAGAGACGGAUUUAGAUUUUUAACUAGUGCAGCUGGAAUACAUCAAUAAUGCCUUCCACUAAGAAGACUCUACAUUUUGUAUCCAGCGCGCUGGUUACUGCCAAAUCUGUUGCUUUGCUGGGGUUUGGCAUGUCAAGAAAGUGGAGUGAGACGACCAUUGAGUGCGCAAGAAGCGGAAGUAACUUCUUCAAUGGAAGUGCUGUCAUUACUUUGCAGCUUUUCAAUGGUAAUAUGGACAGAAUCUUCUGUCCCACGUUUGGAGGUUCUGCUAAGUUUCAAGUGAUUCCUAAAUUGGCAGAAACAACAGUUACCCCAUUAGCCCUGCACGCUAUGGCUGUGUGCCUGUUGGUCCUGUGUCUCGUGUUUUCCGCCUGCAGCAUCCUUAUCUCCCUCUACAACAGUGUCAGUAACCCUUAUGAGACCUACAUGGGGCCUAUUGGCAUCUACACAUGCAGCUCACUCAGCGCAUGCUUGUCUGUUGUGACCCUCAUCAUAUUUGUGGUGAACGUCAACGUGACCAGCAUGGCAGAGGAUUUGGUAAAGUUGUACGCUGACAAUAUUCCAGUGGACUUGAGGAACAAGUCCACAGAGAUGGGACUAGGAUACUACCUGGUCAUCCCUUACACAGUGCUCUCUCUCGUCGCCAUCGCUUUGAUCUACAUGUACGACCACGCAGCCUACACACAGAGGAGAGAACAGCAGAGGCCUACUGAAGACGCGCCCAAGGAGAUAAUGAUGUAUUAGUGGCCUGCAAUGGAGCCACUUUUCAGUGACAUUGACAAAUUGCUCAUCAAGACUUUCUUGAGUAACAUAAAUUGGAUGUACAGCUUAUGGUAAUGUACAAUAUGAAUUUAGGCUGCAUAAAAUAGCACAAUAUCAACAAUGGCACAGCUUUAACAUUUUACUGUCGUAAUCUGAUUUGACAUGACGUUAUCACAUUGUAUUGUUAUUUCUGAUACAAAAAAUGUAUUAGUAUUUAAAUCAAUUUUGGUUUGUAUCUUUUUUUGACU